AGCGCCCUGAAACGUGGGCCGUUGUGUAAUCCCUCCCAGGGCCCCUUUGCUAUUUUUGUACCCGGGUCUGCACGUCAUGCUUGGGUAUUUUCUCUGGUGACUGGCUCGCAUCAAUAGAACGCUCCAAAUGUGCGCCGCUACCGCCGCCACUCCGGACUGAUGGGACGUUUACCAUGGCGCUUUUUUUCCUUAUCCCGACGGAGGCGGAAUGGACGGUGCGGGAGGAGGAAUGAGGAUGCGGGACAUAGAAGGAGAGGAGGAGGUUGAAAUCUCAGAUGAGCCGUCACACGUGUACGUAAACAUCACUACUGACACCUAAGAAAUAUUAUCCCCAAGAAACAAACGCAACGUCGGAUUAAUGGAGUCACUAGAAACCGCCACAGGCUCUCCGGAAGGUCAGGACACAGAUGCCGCAGCAAAACAAUGCACACCUGAGAUAAGAAGGAGUCCAUCGGUGGAAAUGGAGGGAAAAGGGUGGCACCAGCACCCGCCGGAGGGCCCGGCCAAAGAGACAGGCGGUACCAAAAAAGCUCCCAACUCAGGGAAGUUACUGGCCAUUGAGGAUUCCAUCUCCCAAACUCCUAAAGACAGCGAAGCGUCGUUUUCACUGCAGGCCGCCAAAGUAGCCGUCAGACAAAGGAAGUCCCCGAGUUCACCUGAGCAGCAGAGUUACUAUUCAGGGAUGGAGCUGCAGUCAGAGGCCGGCGGGAAGGUUGAGUUGAAACCACAGAAGCCUGGCAAAUAUGUUUGCGAGUACUGCGGAAGGGCAUGCGCCAAACCCAGUGUACUAAAGAAACACAUCCGGUCCCACACCGGAGAACGGCCAUACCCGUGCGUCCCCUGCGGAUUCUCCUUCAAAACCAAGAGCAAUUUGUACAAACACCGCAAGUCUCACGCUCACUCGGUCAAAGCUGGAACCCCGCCGUUCCCUCACAAUGUCAACGUGGACCAGGGGUCCUUUGAAGGCGACGGGGAUUUGUUCUCUGACGGCGAGCAAAGUACAGACACUGACGACGACACGUUCAGUGACCCGCUGCUGCUGUUGGACUCCCCGGCGGAGACCUCUGAUCACACCGCUGUCAAAGUGCUAAACCUCAUUUCUCACAAAAAGGCAUCGGCGAUGUCAACGUUGACUCAGGACAGCUCAUCCCACCCACCGGAAAUCAAUCCCAUUCCUGUCACCACUGUUGAGGCUAAUCGUGCAAUUCAAUCUUGCACAAUUAAACAAAGGCUCGCACUUCGCCUGUCGGAGAAAAGGAGCAGCGACUCGGAACACAAUCUGUCCCUUCCGAGUCAGUCGAGUAAAGGCAGCACGGAUUCCGGCUAUUUUUCCCGAUCUGAAAGUGCCGAGCAUCAGACUAGCCCCCCGAACGCUAACGCCAAAUCCUACCAGGAAAUUAUGUUCGGGAAGUGUUACAGGCCCAGCCUCAAGCAGUCCACAGUUGCUUGCUAUACAGAUUCCGGUGAGGUAGAACGAUACUCAGAGAAAGGAGUUUCUCGGGUUUUCACCCAGGAAAAAGACACAGUCGAGUCAAUCAGAAUAAAUACAAAGUGCUUCACCAGGGAAGAGAUGAAAGAAGCACAACUGGAAACUGGCUCUGACAUGGGAACCCUCCUCAGGAGCAACUCCAUGCCCACGUCCUCGGCAGUCAGCCUGACCAUGCCCCAGGCCCUCCGGGGCAGCCACUCGUUCGACGAGAGAACAAGCAACGCGGGCAUGAGGAGACUGCGGCGGCAAGCUGCUUUCGAGCUGCCGUCCCACGAGGGCCACGCGGACAGCGACGGCCACGGGAAGGCAAGCGAGAUGUCACCUGCGGGACCGGAAAUGGAUUAUCCGCCGAGUGUGAACCUGCAGAGGCAUGCCAUGGAACUAGCGACCCGGAAGCGCCGGAAGGAAAAACGGGAAGAGGAAGAUCUGCCACCUCAGUACGAGGUGCAUCACGGACAGUGUGAAGAAAUGUUUGACUCCGGUAAGGAUUACGAGUCGAAGCUAGCCGGACACGGUGCGGUCGGCGUCCUGAAAGGACGUUUGAGUAUGCAGCUGGACAGGAUUGACAUGGACAUCUCAGUCAGCCCUGAAAUGUGUGCUCGAAAAACAUUAGGAAAUGUUAUUUCGGUUAUCCAGCACACAAACUUCAUCAACAGGCCUCAUGCCGACCAGUCUGAGUCCCACAAGAGUCUCAGGCAGAGGGAGGAGAGCUUCUCCUCAUUUCAGCCCAUGGAGGAGUCUUUUGAGAUGGACAGGGGGGAUGGCACACUGAGGCAGUCCUUCCAGUUGGGUGCUAAACUGGUGCGACAGCCCAAUAUACAAGUACCGGAGAUCAGAGUCACCGUGGAGCCCGACAGUCCGAACAAAGCUCCGGACGUGCCGGUGAAGGAGCCGGAGAAACAUGUGGAAGAGUUUCAAUGGCCGCAGCGGAGUGAAACUUUAGCUCAGUUCCCCCCCGAAAAACUCCCCCCAAAGAAGAAAAGGUUGCGCCUUGCUGACAUUGAGCACUCCUCGGCGGAGUCCAGUUUUGAAUCGGCCUGCACCAGUCUCUCACGAAGCCCCAGUCAGGACAGCAACUUAUCCUACAGCUCCACCUUCUCCUUUGACAGGGAGGAGAGCCUGAAGCCGGUUUCUCCUGCCAGGCAGGAUGAAUUUGGCAAGCCUCUGGAGCUCUUAGCUGUUCCGGGAAGCGGCCACUCGCUCUCGGUCCUCCAUCAGCGUCAGCAACAUGAAAUGAGACGCUCCUCCUCGGAGCAGGCCCCUUGCAACUUGCGCAAGGAGUUCCCAGAGGUACGCAGCGUAUCGUUUGACUAUGGAAGCCUCGAUCCAACAUCCAAAGUUAGACUCGGGGACUUGGCAAAGGAGAGACAGAGGGGGAAUUUGGUGCGCCAGGAGUCACUGAGCAUGGACACUGAGGCCUCACACGUGCAAAUAUUUUGUGGUGGCGCAAGCCCUUCAUCGCUGCCAAUCACACUCCCCCAGCUCCCGCAUCCCGGUUUGUUAAUCCCCGUAAGACUCCAGACUCACGUGCCGAGCUACGGAAGCCUCACGUACACAUCUGUGUCACAGAUCUUUGACAAUCACUACGAUAAAGUUAGCCCUGCAUUAGCUGCCUCUCAGAAUCGAGCCACCACACACUCAGUCUCCGUGGAAGCCUUGGACCUAUCCUCGGCCAAACUCAAGACUGGCAUCCCCCUUUCCCUCACCUCUCGGACCAUCUCCACCACCAACGCGUCCAGCUGCGGCGCGAGCAAACGCAUGCUCUCGCCCGCCAGCAGCUUAGACCUCUUUAUGGAAGUCAAGCAGCAGAAGCGUGUGAAGGAGGAAAGGAUGUUUGGACAAAUUGUGAAGGAGCUGAGUGCAGUGGAGCUGGGCAAGGGCCACUUGGAGGAUGAUUCACACAGGAGAAAAUUUAUCACGCCUCGACAAGUGACCGAAGAACACAGCGUGGAGUCUGCUAUGGAGAGCAGCUCCUUGGAUACCAGCUCGCCUCCGCAUCUGAAACAAGCAGGCGCGGAUAAACGGGCGCAGAUGGAAACGAGGACGUUGGCGCUCUUCAGCCGGGACAUCCUGGUCGCAGAGGCGGAGCGUCGGGGGACGCCGUCUUCCUUUCCAAGUCUUCGCACGGCGACAGGUGUGAGCUGGUGUUAUCUCAGCUACACCAAGCCGAGCUGCUCGCACAACGGCGAAGAAGGCGGCGGUGGUGGAGCUCCGUGUUCCGUCUAUGACACCUGGCAUGUCAGCUCACGCAAUCCCAAUCCGCCGGAGUUAAGCACCAGUGCCGCGCUGGCCUUGCUGCACUCCAAACAGAAGGGAGGCAAGUUGAUCUACUCAAUGGCUGCCAUGUGUCAGCCUGGCAAUGGGAAACUGGUUUCAUCCCUUGUCCUGUGGCAGCAGACGGGCGAACAGCUGCAGAGGAAACCGGAGCCCAAAGAGGCAGACGUCAACCCGGGCAAGAAGGUGAAAGACACCAGCUUCAGACUCAAGGCUGCCAAGGAAGAGUGGAAGGAGAGGGAGGCGUCAAAUACCCAAACAGCUCCGGCGCGCAUCAAGAUCUUUGAGGGAGGGUACAAAUCCAAUGAGGACUACGUGUACGUUCGUGGCCGUGGACGAGGAAAAUACAUUUGCGAGGAGUGCGGCAUCCGCUGCAAAAAGCCCAGCAUGCUCAAGAAACAUAUUCGAACCCAUACGGAUGUGAGGCCCUAUAUCUGCAAGGUCUGCAACUUUGCAUUCAAAACAAAAGGAAACCUGACGAAGCACAUGAAGUCGAAAGCGCACAUGAAGAAAUGUCUAGAGUUAGGUGUGUCGGUGACAAUGGAUGACACGGAGAUUCAGGAACAUGUAGACGAGGCGCCGCACGAAUCCAAGACGGAGGUGGCGAUCACGGCCAAACAUCAGUUCUCCGACGCCGAAUAUUCAGAUGGUAUGGACGAAGACGCGGAUGAUGUCGACGAAGACGAGGACGAGGACGACGACUAUGAGGGCGACUCCACACCCAAGCUGCGUUCCAGGAGCACCAGUCCGCAGCCGGGCAGCGGCGUCACGUCACUGCCGGUCACCGUCACAGUCUCUGGCAGGUGGCCAGGCUCUGACCAGCGAGACAAGACCAUGGAGGAUGACACGCUGAGUGUCCUGUCUCCAGAUCAGGCCGGCUUCCUCUUCGACCCUUAUUCUUCAUGUCUCCUCUCGCCCGGUUGGGAAUCCCCCAUCAGGGAACCGUCCCCCUCCCGUCUGCGAUACCCAUCCCCGAGACGUGAGCUCUCCCCGCGGGGCCGUUGCUCCCCGCUGAGGCCCAGCUCGCCCGGAUUCUCACCUAUUCAGCACCUCUCUCCUUGUGUCGCGACGGAGAAACCCACGUCGCCCGGGGCAGAGAUGGCUGGGAAGCGGGAGUCGGCGGUGCGGGGCAGGCAGCGGGUCGUGCUGAGGGCCGUUUCGCCACGCAGGGGUGGGGCCCAUCAGCAGCGAGGUGGCAGCGACAAGAGCAGACAGCAUACUAAAAUGGACCUGGCUCAGCAACAAGGAGCCUUUGAGAUGGAGCUGGAGCAAAAGAGCAUCUCCAGUCUUCCCGCCGUCACCGGUGGUCCCCACCAGAAUCUCCUGAGCCACCUUCCUCUCCACUCUCAGCAGCAGGCCUUCAGCUUGCUUCCCGUACUUCCCGUCGGAGGAGCCCUCUGGGCGCCACCACCUUCCCCCGCCUCCUCCGACGUGCCACCGAGCCCACCAAGCGAGGAGGGGGCUGCACACGGGACCCCCGAGAUGGCGGAGGAAGACCAGGGAAGCCUGGAUUCCAGAACCAGGGACGGUGGACAGGAGGAGAACGUCCAAACGUGCUUGAAAGCCAUUGCCUCGCUCAACAUUAACACGGAGGACCCCCAUUAGAGACCUUGGGCCACCACCUAACUUGUCAGGUCCGCACUUGGGCAAUAUGACGACAAAGAUUCUUCACGACGAGGAAUCCCGCUCUUCUCUUCGGACUGCCUCACUCAUGAUCAAAACAAAGGGACCCUAAGUAGAUAAAGGCCCCCGUCCCGUCCGGGGACUUUGGGUCACCUCCCACUUGUUUGGGUCCCAACUGAGGCAAUAUGACGACACAGCUUCUUGGCUUCCUUGGACUGGACGAGCAACGAUUAUUAACUAUUAUCAUCAUUGGGUGCAGGUGCAAUAUGAAGAGAUCUACUGUAAAAUGCUAAUACGCCUUUUGUUUGUCAUAGCAGUUUGCAUACAAUUGCACAUAAAUUAUAUUUAUAGAUUACUGUAUAAAAAACAAAACGUCCUUUUACGUAUUACACUCCCUCCUCCUUCUUAGACGCAGUGUAUUUUAACGUCUGUGUACUUUGCGAAUAGACUGUUGUCUCAUGUACUCAUAUCGAGGUGUGAUACAGUAGUGCGGUAAAUACUUAUAUUUCAUAUAAUUAAUUAAAGGUGGGCAGGGGGGGGUACGAUAAGAAAGUCUAAAUUUUGACGCUUUUUGCGCAAAGAAGGUCUGUGCCUUUAUUUUGCUCGGGAGGAUGUUUAAAAAGGUCAAGGAAGAGCUUUGCGAGCUUGUUUCAUCUUUUAAAAAAAAAAAGAAAAAAAUCUGUUUUCUUUUUCUUAAUGUUGUGGUUUUUAUCUUGCAUGGGAUUUGCUAUUGCACAAAAAUUACAGGAAGUCAACAUGUAAUUACUGUAAGAUGUAUUUAUAUAUUAGGAUGUAAGCACUUAUUGAUACUGGUAAAUAUUUGACUACUAUUUAUAUAUGGUAUAUAUAUAAUAUAUAUACAGUAUGUACUUAUUAUGCAGCAGUGAUGCAAGUUAUGCAGUGAGCCACCAAGCUGGCGUUGCUUUUGAUAUCUUUUUGCUCUCCUCUAUCGACGGUCAUCACACGUAGUCGCCGUGUUCCCACAAUGCACUUUGCCAUUAUUUUGGACGUGGGCAAUGAACGACGUGGGGAAACAUUUUGGUUUUUGGCGCUUUUUGAAACAUUCCACUUCUUUUUUUUAUAUAACGCCGUCGAGAGAAACAUGCACAACAAAUGUAAUGUUUAGGGAUGGGCAGGAGCAAUUAUGUGGAAAAAAACAAAGUUGAAAAUAGAGAACAAAUAUUUAAACACGUUUACAUUUAUUUACAUGAUAUUGUCUAAUAUUGACCCAAAUAAUUAAGUUUAAUUGAUCAUUGUGAAUUGUGUUAAAAGAGGUCAAUUUAAAGCCAUAAAAGUUUAUAUAAAAAUAUUUGUAAUUUUAGUCCAUCAAUUUAUCAGUCAUAUUUUUACUUAAAAUAAGUUCAAUUAGAAUUUUUUUUAACAAUUUAUAAUGUUUAAAUUAAAUUUAGAUUUUUUCAUUUUAAAAUUAGAAUGAAUACAGUAUACUAUUAAUAUGGAUUACAGAACUUGAACAAUAAAGUGAAUGCUAAAAUUUGUGUCAUCCAAAAUAUUUUCAAUAAAAAUUGAAUUUCAGUUGCAGACACUAUUUUUGUUAUUUAAAUAUUUGAAAAUUAUUUUAAAAAUUCUAACAAUGACAGCAUAUUAUAAAAAAUAAUAAAAUCUCGUCCAAUGCCCAUCCCUACUUCUAUGGAGCGCGUGGCUGUUGACGACAUUUACUCGCGAAUGUAAUCGACAGUUCGCCAAACGCUUCUCCUCUGUAUACAUACAUGCGUGUUUGAUUUUUGGCUCAGUGUUGAAACGCCGAAAUCUUUUCAACGUGGCUCGUUUGUAUCGACGACAAAUGUCGGCGUCGCGAUGGAACUUUUUAUUGAACCGUCGCCGCCUUUGCGUCGGGAGGGAUUAGACGAAUGGCGUUCAUGUUUACAUAAAUCAUAUUUAAAGGUGCGCUGCUUUAAUGACGCGUCUUGCAGAUUCGGAUCACUUUUUCUGUCAAAGCAAAGCAGGCCGCUCAUCCGAUGUGCGUACGCGGAUUGUGUUUGUGUUUGCUUUUGAUGAUAUAUUCAUGAGUAUAUAUAUACAUACAUGGUAUAUGUAUAUACUAAAGUGCAUUGUGCCUCUCAUACGUUGAAGAGGACAAAUUGUUUACCUCUCAGCCGAGACUUAUUGAGGACAAAAAGCCUCAGUAGCCAAUCCAUCGUUUGACUUGUUUGCGUCAAAUUUGCUCGGUCGGGGAUGGCGUGCCUCUGAUGCUUUUGGGUUAAGGGGCGGGACUAAUCUAUUAUUAUCAUUUGGUGCUCAGAUUGAAUUGAAUAUUGUUUGAAGAGAAUAUACUUCUAACCCAGGAAUGUUUGUGUGGCAAUUUAUUUCAUACAUCUUGUCCUGUACUUCCCCCCCUCACGUCGCCCCUUGCUGGGGGGGGGGUCUAUUUUGAGGUGGUCUUAUCACAGCUGUUGCAUCUGUGGUGGCAGGCAGCCUGUUCGAGCCUCUCCACGUUCUUUCUUUCCCCUCCCGGCCUUCGGUCCUGUGGAUGAUCAGCCACCAAAUAUUUGGUUGAUGAUUGUCUCUCAGCUACCCAAAACAAAGAUGGAGUCCUGUCCAACGAACAGCAGCCACAUAGAGAGCACCCAAGCUGUUUCUGCCGAAGAGCCUAACGCUGAGCACACUAAUGACCUGGCCAAGCAACUGGAAGACCUCAUCAGCAA